AUGGUGAACCACGCGCGCAAGGGCGGAGGCCACCGAGGCUCACGUCGAGGCAGAGGUGGUUCUCGCGGGACUUCCACCCCUCGGUCCUUCGCCAGAACCCCCAUUGACGCUCCGAGCGCCCAGAUUUUCUCUCUCCAGGAGGAGGCUCGAAACACCGAACAUCGCCACCAUCUAUGGUCCUCCGAGGUCAAGCUUCGUCACAAAGGCAUCAGUUUUGUGAGCGCAGGCAACCUUGCCGGCACACUGCCCGAAGAGUCAGGUUCAGACAAGUCUCCGCUUAAUGAGUCUACACCCGAUGCACCUACGCCCAACGAGUCGCUUUCAAUCCACGAUGAGCCCAUCGCAGACGCCAUUGCACGUUCUGAGAACGCCAUGGCGCAGAUGCAUCUCGAGCCCACUGUCGAAGCUACGGUGUCGCCACCUGCGUCCGCCCUGUUCUUUGAGGAUACGGUCGGUUCGAGCUCGCUGGCCAUCCCACAACUACCGCCUCCGGUCAUACGCAAUGCCUCUCCCACCCCCUCCGACUCGAGCGAGGAGAUAGUCCUGUUUCGAGGCCGGAACAACGUGAGCAUUGUGACGGACUCGGUACAGCCUGUGCAGACAAGCAGCGAGGCCACUGCUCCACCUGCCAAAAAUUUGCCGGUCGAACCGGCAGCUCCGUCUCAGCCCACUAGAAAGGUUCAAGAUCGUGAUACAUCUGCUCGCCGUUCACCUCGACAGAACAGCCACCACCGGUACAGUUCUGAACCAGAUGACGAGGCUCUUGCAGACUACAUUGAGAAUAUCCAAGCACAGGAAUACGAUGAUGCAGGCGAACUCGUUACCGGAAGCGUCUACGCCACCUCACGCCUUACACAGCGGGCUUUGGGGCUAAUGGACGAUCACGAAUUGGAGGACGCCAUCAACCAGAGCGCCGCUCAGACGAUAGACCAGAAAAACCCUCAUAAAACGGAUUGGGACUCUUCCCACCUUGAGGAUUUUGACAAUAUCAGCACCUCGUCUGAGGUUUUUGUUCGUGUUGAUCGCAUACUUCGGAAACGGACGCGGUCGAGUGGGCUGCAAUAUCUUGUUGUUUUCGACAACUCUGAUGAGGAUGAGGCUCGAUGGAUCCCUGUUUCUAGAUUAACUCGAGAACACGACAAGAACCUCGUGGCUGCCUUCGAAGAGACCAUCGCAAACGUCACACUUGGCAACGAGCCUGAUACCUCGGAGACUUGGUCUGAUGAGAGCGUAAACGACGAUGACGAUGACGAUGACGAUGACGACGAAGAUGAGGACGACGACGACGAUGUGGACCUCGAAGACGAAGAAGAUCUUAUUCAGAGAAGGAUAGAGCGUAUGAGCGAUGAAAAGCUUGCGCGCUUGUUUGCGAAGCAAGAAGAGCUGGGAAUUGGUUCAAAUGAUCUCCUUCUGUUCGAUGGUGAUGAUGACGAUGAUAUCGAGAUUGAUGAUCUCGGCGGUGGGAAUCAGCACCACGUGCUGCCGACGACCCGGGGAAGGAAACAGAAAUCGAAAUCAAAGCGCGCUGGAGGUAGCUUCCCGUCAGCGACUCUGAUGGCCGAUGUACUGGAACAAGACCCCUACGACGGCUUCGAUAUCAUGGAUUUCGAAAGGCCGAGCCUUAAGAAGAAAAAGAAAGGUAGGGCAGUCGGCCUGCCCUUCGACCUGUCAGAUGACGAUCUUUCAGCUCAGCUCGUCACCUCCUGGGAAAACGAUCGCGAUAAGAAACGUCUCAAGAAGCAAGAACGGGCGGAACUGCGCUCCCAGGGUCUGCUUGGAAAGAAGAACAAGUUCAAGGCUGACUUGAAUGCUAAGUACAACGAGGGUAUGACAUUCACUCAGAUCAGAGAGGAGAUCAAAGUGUUUUUGGACUCGUCCAGCCAGAGCAGGCCUUUCCCUCCCAUGGACAAACGCGACCGUGCCGCACUUCACCAGUUGGCAGGGGCUUUGGGCCUUACUUCGAGGUCCAUUGGCUCUGGGACUUCGCGCUUCACUACCCUCAUAAAGACGUCGCGUACGAAGGAACUUAACGAAAUGUCGUUUGCCAAAAUCACUGCAAGGUACCAGAACCGCUUCCUCCAACGCAUGGACAAACGUGAUGGAGGCAAGAGAUCCGGCGGCGGAGGCGGAGGGGGCAGGUAUGCUGCCGUGUCCUAUCAAGACGGUGACGUCGUCGGUGCAUCCGCACCGGAAAUUGGUUCGGACAACAAGGGACGGGCCAUGCUUGAGAAGAUGGGCUGGAGUUCUGGUACAGCGCUGGGUGCUAUCAACAACAAGGGUAUCCUUCAACCAGUGACACAUGUUGUCAAAACUACGAAGACAGGCCUGGGUUAA